AUGUCAAUGUCUCUCACCCGAUCGAAGGAAGUCGCAUCGCGUUCUAAUCUCCCAGGCCAAUACUCCUUUAGUCUUUCCACCAUUCGCGCCCCCGUGGAAGCGUCGUUUGUCAAAGCACAGCGACGGCAGCGUUCGGAACCGUCGUCGCUCCCUGCCCAUCAGCCUCCCUCAGUUCGACUCGCAAACCCUGUCAAUUACGUCCCUCGAAUUACUCCGAUCACUCCAUUCUACCCAUCAGACGAAAACCUUCUUCGUCCCCAGCGGGACGCAUACCCCCUCCUCAGCGUUUCCGAGCGUCAGCUCAGUCGCUUAGACGCAUCUCGCAGCAGCCUCUUCGUUGAACACAGCCAGGCUGAGUCCGACAGUAGGCACAACAGUAUCGGGCUGCCUCUUCGCCAGCGGCGCAGUGAGCAUUCUCCCCGGAUAGAAGAUAUGGCGGCUACGGAAACUGGUAGCCUGCGACCACCAGGGGAUGUAAAUCUCACAUAUACACAAAACCGGCCGCGUCAUGUCCAGUCGCAAACCUCUCUGCGAUCGCAGUCGCAAAUCGCAUCUAUUCCAUCUAAUACGGGUCCGGUCCCCCCUGAUGUCGCUCAGGACCUGGCGUGGGGACCUGCCCAUCCGUGUUUCCCUCACUUUAACCCACAUGUACCCAUUGGGUCGCAAGAAUAUCUUACCACUCGAGUCAUUCGCAUUCGGCGUGACUGGAUGAUCAGCGGUGAUCUGGCGCCCACGUUUUCAAAUCUGUACCCCGAGAUCCUGGACCCACUACUCUCCGAGCAAGAGUUCCGCAUCGUGAUCUCCACUAUUAACGAGAGUUUGGUGAAAGCCUUUAACCCCUUCAGCCUGCACAAUUGGCUUGACGGGUUACUCGGACUUCUCACUGGCUGGAUUUGGGACGAUCUGAAUGCUCCUGGCAUCAAAAGUCAACUCCAACGCGUGGAGAAAUGGAUCGAGGAUUGGAAUCGGGAGGUAGGCUCCAGAGAUGGAGUUCACAUAUGGAGUCUACGGCGUACGGCCUACAUGUCUAUUGACAUACAGAUCCCAGAUCCUCAAGUUGGCAUGGCAGCCAGCGAGGGACCUUCCGUACCCAACACAAGACCCAGCAGUGGGGUUGGUCUUGGAAAUUGA